AGAUUAACACAGUCACACUCACUCCGUGGGCCGGCCAGCACAUGCCCGCUGUGGGAGGAGCUGCAGGGCAGGCUGAGCACAGCUGAGCCCAGUUCACAGUGCGAGCAGCAAGGGAAGAGGAGAAGUGCAGAGGAGAGGAGGGGAAGCAGCAGCAGCAGCAAAGGUUCUCGUUUUUAAACGACCCAGUGAGAGGAAGAGAAGUGCUUUAGCACAGUGACCGUGAAGAUGGGGAACCAGGUGGCACGGGAGGACUUCGAAUGGGUGUACACGGACCAGCCGCACGCCGACAGGAGGAAAGAGAUCCUGGCCAAAUACCCAGAAAUCAAGUCUUUGAUGGGUCCUGACCCGAGGCUGAAGUGGGUUGUGUGCAUGAUGGUGGUUAUACAGUUUAUAGCUUUCUACCUGGUCAAAGACUUGGACUGGAAAUGGGUUUUGUUUUGGACUUAUGCCUUUGGCAGCUGUAUCAACCACUCAAUGACCCUUGCCAUUCAUGAGGUCUCCCACAACACUGCCUUUGGAAACAACAGGGCCAUGUGGAACCGCUACUUUGCCAUGUUUGCCAACCUGCCCAUCGGCCUGCCCUACUCUGCGUCCUUCAAACGCUACCACCUGGACCAUCACCGCUACCUGGGAGGAGAUGGCAUAGAUGUAGACAUUCCCACUGACUUUGAGGGCUGGUUCUUUUGCACUCGCAUCCGCAAGUUCAUGUGGAUUAUUCUGCAGCCGCUGUUCUAUGCCUUCAGGCCCCUGUGCAUCAACCCCAAACCCGUCAGUCAGCUGGAGGUGGUCAACAUCUCCGUCCAGCUCACCUUCAAUGUCCUACUCUACUGGCUGUGGGGGGCCAAGCCAGUGUUCUACAUGAUGGCCGGCUCCCUGCUGGGGAUGGGCUUGCACCCCAUCUCUGGUCACUUCAUAGCUGAGCACUACAUGUUCCUCAAGGGCCAUGAGACCUACUCUUACUAUGGCUCCCUCAACCUGCUCACCUUCAACGUGGGCUACCACAAUGAGCACCACGACUUCCCCAGCAUCCCAGGACGCAGGCUGCCCAUGGUGAAGAAAAUAGCAGCAGAGUAUUACGACGAUCUGCCUCAGUACACGUCAUGGCUGAGGGUCCUGUACGACUUCAUCAUGGAUGACACACUGAGCCCGUACUCUCGAGUCAAGAGAAGGCUGAAGGGAGAUGUCAAACAGGAGUAACCUCACCUGGAGCUUCUUAGGAACAGCGUGACAGCAGCCCAGCUCACCGUCCUCCCACCUUAACGGCUUCUGCAUAUUAAUACAUUCUGCGUUUCAAAUAAGGGUGGCCAUCGUGUACAUGAGUGUGCUUUUCCUCCACAACACAACAUAGUUUCAGUUAUUUGUUAACCAGGUUGUUAGUGUGAUUACAGGCCGCACACAGUACUGGUUGCACAAAGAAAGUUCAAAUAAAUAGCUCCACAUGACAUGGACAUUUAAUUUGCUAUAUAUUCUGAACUAUCAGAUGAAUUGCUAAGAAUCUUUGUACGUGUUCAUGUCCCUGUCAGAAUGAAUUGUAAUCACUUUAGUGAUCUGCAGACCUUUAAAAUUUUUCAUUUAAAGGGUCUUAUAAAAACUUGUGCCUUACAAAGACCUUUUUGCUAAAACAUUAAUAAGUCAGACUAGAGAAGUAUUUCUAAGGUAUGGCUGGAUAUAAUAUGUCAUUUCUCACUGUAGAACAGUAAACACUGUCUUCUGUUUGCUGCUUGGCUGCAGCUAAAAUGAACUAUUUGUGUUUAGACAAAGCUUUGUUGAAUACUUUGUUCUGAUUGGUCAAUUGCAGCUUCCUGUGGUCUGUCAUUUCUGUAUAAGAGGCUGCUAAUAUGGACAGUCCUAAACAUAGACUCUGGAGGACCAUGCCGGAAGCAAUAAAAUAAUUUUCAAAUCAAUAAAAUCACUUUUUAAUCAGUA